UUGAAAAAUGGCAAUCAAAUGCUGAAAAUUUACUCUUCUCAAAUGUAAAUGGGCCCUCAGGUUGCAGAGCUAAACACAGCCCUCUGUACACACUCACAUUGUGCUGCAAUGAACAAAUUUUCAGUAAAUUGUAAAAUUGCAUUUUUGAUUUUUGCAGUGGAGGAGAAAAAGAAGAAGAAGAAGAGUCCCUUCAGGACACAACGAUCAGUUCCAGCAAAAAGCUUCGCAUUUCAGAUGAGCUUUCUUUUGGAGAGAGUUCAGCAGUUGAUGCACGAAAGGCAAUGGCUGCUGAAGCACUAGGACAGCUACUGGGAAAAAACGUUUCGAAAAAUGAGGUUCCUGUCGUCGCCGUGCUGGGCUCGGGAGGUGGUAUCCGAGCCAUGUUGAGUCUGCUGGGCUCAAUGGAAGGUCUUCAGGAAACUGGACUGUUAAACUGUGUGACAUACAUCUGUGGAGUGUCUGGAUCAACUUGGGCUAUGAGUCAGUUAUAUGAAAACGUCGAUUGGUCCACAAAAUUACCCACUAAAGAUAUCUCUGAAAAACUUGUGGGAGAGGAAUUUUCUUGGGAAUACGUCAAAGAGUUGAUCUUUGAAAAAGGACAUCUUUGGGAGAGAAUGGUGAAAGCUGCCUCAAAAGAAGUCUACUCUUUAACAGACAUCUGGGCAGCAACUGUCAGUUAUCUUAUUGGAACAGAAAAUACUUCUCCGCUUUCAAAGCAUCAAGAAUCUGCGAACAGUGGACAAAACCCAUACCCAGUGUAUGCUGCAAUUGAUAAGGACACCUUUGAUUCAGGAGAGGAACCCCAUCCUCCAGAAAUCUGGUUUGAAUUCACUCCCCAUGAAUGUGGCUUUCCGUGUUAUGGAAUAUUUGUUGAAACGAGUGACUUUGGCAGCAAAUUUGAAAACGGGGUUAAGAAAGAACAUCAUUCAGAGCCUGAUGUGUGCCUACUACAAGGUAAAUAA